AUGGACGCGUAUUUAGACACCUUUCGCAUCUGGGAUCAGGAGUCGAACAUCAAGGAGUUGCACACAAGCGAACAAGUGCAAUGCAACAUUUGCUCCGAGGACAAAUUCGAGUCGAUGGACGAGUCAUCGUCGUCUUUCUUGCAAGGGGCACUCUCGUCGUCCUCGUUGUCUUUGUCGCCGCCCUCGCCAACGCCAGCAACGCAGCAAACGCAGCACCAGCAGCAGCAACCACAAAAUCGCCAACAACAGCAACUAGAUCAUCAUGCGACAAUCAAUCAAGCCACCAUGGAGGUCACAUCCUCGCCCGAAAGUGACACAGUUGAGAUCCAAGUCGAGACUUCGACUGUCGUUGCGAGUCCCGGCGACGAUGACGAUUGCGAAACAAUGGUCCUGGAUGGCAACGGCAGCAAUAAUAGUAACUUAAUAAAUGACAAUGACACGGGUUCGACAACGGAGUACGUCGAGAUACUCGAGGACUAUACGGAACCGAUGUUCCCCGAGACCAAUAUCGAGGUUGAAACGAGUGGCGUUGUGACAGACGACGCAAAUGCCUCCGCAACAGCCGCUACCUUACAAACAAUAAUUACUGAAGCCGCCCAUUCAUCAUCGGAACCUGACAAAUCUUCUUCUUCUUCUUCUUCUGCAACUUCGAAUUCUUCUUCAACUUCGCUAGCAUCGGCACCGCCAUCCCAAACACAACCUCAGAUUUACUACAUUUACAACAGCAGCAAGUCGCAAACGCAGAACAACGCUAAUAACGCCGCCACUCCCACCACAACAGCAACGAUCAAGCAAGUCAUUGAAUCGAAUGCCAGCACCACGAUUGUUCAGAAGAAAAAUGACGAUGAGGGUCCCGCUGUCGCAGAUGAGACGAAACAACCGCAAUCCGAGACGAAACUUUUCAUGUGCGGCGUUUGCAAGAUCAUCUUGGAAAAGCGCUAUUUGGCGAAUCACAUGAAGAAGCAUUUGCAGCAAGUGAAUGAGACGCACACGUGUCGCAUCUGCAAGGAUACUUUUUCGCGCAAGAUGCUGUUGUCGGUGCACAUCAGUCAGAAACACUCCAUUUUCACCAAAGACUACGUCUGUCAAAUCUGCAAACUGCCAUAUGAUGAGAACAACAAUGACUUGCAUGGCGGAUGUCAUUGGUUCUGUAACAUCUGCUCAAAGACCUUCAUGACGAAAGCCUCCAUGGUUUGUCAUUCGCGGAUGCGUCAUAAUCGCAAUCAGGGAAAAUUCGUUUGCGAAUUCUGUGGCAAACACUAUUGGGACAAGGCAACGCUCGAAUAUCACGCGCGCGUUCACGUGGGCGAAGAAAAGGUCGUGCCAAGCACAAACAACACCAAUAACGGCACAAAUAAUGGCGCAAGUACCUCAAAUGGCGGCAAUACGGGAAUCCAGCAAGAUGGACAAAACAAUGCCCCAGUAUUAUUUCUACUUCAACUCUAG